AUGAAAAACCUCAGCAAACCAACCUUGGCGCAUUUUCCCAUCGAAGACCUCAAUCCGACGGAAUGGCAAGCCGAACAUGAGCGUGUGCGCGCCGCACUCGGUGAUGAGGCCUACCUGACGCUUCGAGAAUCUGAGAUCAAGGAGAAGAUGGACAGUAUCAUCGAACUGAUUAAUACUGGUCAAUGGCAACUGCCUCCCAUCACAGGCAGUCAGCAACCCGAUCGCAUCGGUAUUGCAAACAGAGAGUUUCGUGUUGGAGCUGCACAAGGCGUUCCUGAGGCUAUCACCAACGCCAUGUUCGCGAUGGUUGACGGUGAUGAGCGUGAGAAUUACGAGAUUCCUGAAGAGUGGCUGGAGUUUGAGAUCUCUGAGGAGGAAAUAGACAGGGAAGACAAGCAAGCAUACGUAAACUGGGCGCAGCGACAGGAGGAACAAAGGCUCAAGGUCCUGAAUGGCAAGUUUUCCGUCAGAGAUAUCGGCAUGGGAUGUUUGUCGCCAGGCAAAGAAGAAGCGGGUGUGGACGAAACUGGUGGAUGA